AUGGAGGGCUCUCGGGGACAGUCUCACCUGAUUCUUGUUCAUCGAGUGGGACAUCACCAGCUACAGCAGACAGAGUUCCCAGCUACUCAGCACAGUCUCACAUUCAUUGCAGAACUCACACUGGAGAGAAACCCUAUAAAAGUGAAGAGUGCGGCAAGGGCUUUGGUUAAUCUUCGUGUUCAUCAGAGGGUCCACAGGGGUGAGAAGCCCUAUAUCUGUGAGGAGUGCGGGAAGGGCUUCACUCAGGCCGCCCACUAUCACAUCCAUCAGAGGGUCCACACUGGGGAGAAACCUUAUAAGUGUGAUGUCUGUGGGAAGGGCUUCAGCCACAAUUCACCAUUAAUAUGCCACCGGAGACUCCACACUGGAGAGAAACCGUACAGAUGUGAGGUGUGUGGGAAAGGCUUUACUCGCAAUACGGACCUUCACAUCCAUUUUCGGGUCCACACAGGAGAGAAACCCUACAGAUGUGAGGAGUGUGGGAAGGGCUCCAGCCAGGCUUCCAACCUUCAAGUCCAUCAGAAUGUCCACACUGGGGAGAAGCCAUACACAUGUGAUGUCUGUGGCAAGGGCUUUAGGUACAGCUCACAGUUUCUGUACCAUCAGAGAGGCCACACUGGGGAGAAACCUUACACAUGUGAGGAGUGUGGGAAAGGCUUUGGUAGGAGCUUGAAUCUUCGCCAUCAUCAGAGGGUGCACACUGGAGAGAAGCCCCAGUGUGAGGAGUGUGGAAAGUCCUUCAGUCUCCCCUCAAAUCUUAGAGUCCAUCUGAGUGUUCACCUUCGGGAGAAACUGUUUAAAUGUGAGGAGUGUGGGAAGGGCUUCAGUCAGAGUUCACGACUUCAGGCCCAUCUGAGAGUCCACACUGGAGAGAAACCGUACACGUGUGACGUAUGCGGGAAGGACUUCAGUCACCAUUCACGUCUCACGCACCAUCAGAAAGUCCACUCUGGCAAGAAUCGUUAAGAAUGAGAAAUGUGUUCAUGCUUCCAGUCAGGUUGUACAUCUAGUUUUUGGAGAGUGUUUUGGGGAUAAAACACUAUAACGUUUUGUGAGUGGAAAGGGGUUUCUUCAUCACUUGGAAUCUAAUAAAUACAUAAAAAUGUUGAUAUAAAACCAUAGUAACAGGAAUAGGACUGGUAUUCAGGGGAGAAAUAUGUUGUAACCCUCCUGGUAAAGUCCAAUUGAUAGAAAUUAUCUUUCUUUUAAAAAAAUAUUUUUAUUGCUCUAGCUCAGGUGUGGGCAACCCCUGGCACGCGUGCCAAACAUGGCACA